AUGGAGCUUUGUGAAGGAGGUGAGCUUUUUGAUAGGAUUGUUAAGAAAGGGCAUUAUAGUGAAAGAGAGGCUGCUAAGUUGAUUAAGACUAUUGUUGGGGUUGUUGAGGCUUGUCAUUCACUUGGUGUCAUGCAUAGAGAUCUCAAGCCUGAGAACUUCUUAUUUCAUAGUGUUGAGGAGGAUGCUCCUCUUAAAGCCACUGAUUUUGGGCUAUCUGUGUUUUACAAGCCAGGUCAAACUUUUUGUGACGUUGUUGGGAGUCCAUACUAUGUUGCACCGGAGGUGUUACGCAAACAUUAUGGACCUGAAGCAGAUGUAUGGAGUGCAGGAAUUAUUUUGUACAUACUGUUAAGUGGUGUGCCACCCUUUUGGGCAGAAACUGAAAUGGGGAUCUUCAAGCAGAUAUUGCAAGGAAAUUUAGAUUUUGACUCUGAACCAUGGCCUAGCAUUUCAGACAGUGCCAAGGAUCUGAUCAGAAAAAUGCUAGAACGGAAUCCAAAGAAAAGGCUAACUGCUCAUGAAGUACUUUGUAAGUCUCUUCAAUUUUCUUCAAACAAGGAUGCAGGAGUAUUAGGCUUAAAAAAGUCCCCAUAUGGCCACCCAUGGAUUGUGGAUGACAGAAUUGCCCCAGAUAAACCUCUUGAUUCUGCUGUUUUAUCGCGCCUCAAGCAGUUCUCUGCUAUGAACAAACUUAAGAAGAUGGCUUUGCGUGUCAUAGCAGAGAGGCUUUCUGAAGAAGAGAUCGGUGGUUUGAAAGAGUUGUUCAAGAUGAUAGACACAGACAACAGUGGAACAAUCACUUUUGAUGAAUUAAAAGACGGCUUAAAGCGAGUCGGCUCUGAACUAAUGGAGUCUGAAAUAAAGGAUCUGAUGGAUGCUGCUGAUAUUGACAACAGUGGAACAAUUGAUUAUGGUGAAUUUCUUGCUGCUACUGUGCACUUGAAUAAGUUGGAGAGGGAGGAAAAUUUAGCAUCUGCUUUCUCAUUCUUUGACAAAGAUGGUAGUGGUUACAUAACCAUCGACGAGCUUCAACAAGCCUGCAAAGAGUUCGGCUUAAGUGAACUCCACCUUGAUGAGAUGAUUAAAGAAAUUGAUCAAGAUAAUGAUGGGCAAAUUGACUAUGGCGAAUUUGCUGCAAUGAUGAGGAAGGGCAAUGGAGGAAUCGGGAGGAGAACAAUGAGAAGGACAUUUAAUUUGGGAGAUGCUUUAGGGCUCACUACCAAUGGAUCUAAAGAAUCCGAUUGA